AUGUUCUCACAAUGUCAUCUCACUUCCCGUUGUCUUUUUUUUUUUUCUUUGGGGAGAGUUUUCAUUAUCGUUUCAACAGCUCCAUUACAUCUAUCUAUCUAUCUAUCUAUCUAUCUAUCUAUCUAUCUAUCUAUCUAUCUAUCUAUCUAUCCCACUGUGUUUAUGCGUAUCUAUGUUCAAAUUUGUCCUUAUGUAUCUCAGUUUGUUCAUAUCUAUCUCAGAUUUUUCAGUCUUUUCCUAUCUAUCUAUGUUCGAAGUUGUUCUUAUCUAUCUCUGUUCGUUCAUAUCUAUCUAUCUAUCUAUCUAUCUAUCUAUCUAUCUAUCUAUCUAUCUAUCUAUCUCAACAGAUCUAUCUAUCUAUCUAUCUAUCUAUCUAUCUAUCUAUCUAUGAUACCCACAAGGAAUCCUACCAUCCCUGUAUCUGACUCUCUCUUUCUAUAUUAUAUUUUACCCAUCCAGUAUGUAUCUGGCUCUCCAAUGCUAUAUUCUAUUUUACCGCUCCAUAAAAAAUAUCUAUCUAUCUAUCUAUCUAUCUAUCUAUCUAUCUAUCUAUCUAUCGAAUGUGUAGAACUUGACAUCUAUUCAUAUCGGAAAAAUUAUCUAUCUAUCUAUCUAUCUAUCUAUCUAUCUAUCUAUCUAUCUAUCUAUCUAUCUAUCUAUCUCAGUCUGUCCAUAUCUAUCUAUCUAUCUAUCUAUCUAUCUAUCUAUCUAUCUAUCUAUCUAAGUCUGUCCGUAUCUAUCUAUCUAUCUAUCUAUCUAAGUCUGUCCAUAUCUAUCUAUCUAUCUCAGUCUGUCCAUAUCUAUCUAUCUAUCUAUCUAUCUAUCUAUCUAUCUAUCUAUCUAUCUAUGUGUAUUACAUAUAAUGCAUAUUAA